AUGAAGAUCUUUACAAAUGAGAAUAAUACUGCGACGUUGAAACUGUUAAUAGCAGCUAAUUUGGCAGGCAAAAAAAUUGAAUUAUUCAAAGCUACUUUUGAAGAUGGCAUUUUCGCAGGACCUCAAGUACUGCCAUUACUGGAAGUGGAUGAUCAGCUACAAUUCUUCUCUAGUAAUGCAGCAGCACAGUACUUGUUUCCUGUUUUAGACCUGUCAGAAAAUGGCCAAUGUCAACAAAUGCAAGAGUGGGAAGCUACACGACUUCAGCCGGCGAUAGCUGCAGUUGCUGGUGGUAAAAAUGUGGCAUCUGAUUUACGUCAAGUGUUACAAUCUUUGCUACAAAUGCUGGAUUCAUUGCUUCAGAAGCACAAAUAUAUCCUUGGGGAUAAAUUAUCAGCCGCAGAUAUAUCAAUUUGGAGCACCUUAUACCCCUUGUACUAUGAAGAAUCUUUAAAGCAAAGCUAUAUGCCCGAAUGCAGAAACAUAGUGCGUUGGGUGGAAGAACUAGCUGCUGCUAAAGCUAUUCAAGAGGCAGUUAAGCAGUGGGGAGGGUCAGCUAAAGGGCCAUUUGGAGCAUCAUCUACAUUGGGCAUUCCACAGAUCACUAACCUUGUAUCACCUAUUGGAUCACCAGAUGAGGACCCAGCAGCCCUGGUUGCCACUCCAGAAGAAGUGAAAGCAGCGCUUGAGGGAUGGACUAAUGGCUUUAAAAAUAUGCAACCACUAUUACCACAAGAGAAACUAGUGUUACCAGUGAAAGGUCGCAAAAAUAUUUUAAUAACAUCGGCUCUACCUUACGUGAAUAAUGUACCGCAUCUGGGCAAUAUAAUCGGCUGUGUACUAUCAGCUGACAUAUUUGCAAGGUAUUGUCGGUUGUGUGAUUACAACACUCUUUAUGUGUGUGGAACAGACGAAUAUGGGACGGCUACGGAAACGAAGGCACUAGAGGAGGGCAUAACUCCGCGCGAGAUCUGCGAUAAGUAUUUUGACAUCCACAAUUCUGUGUACCGCUGGUUCAACAUUGGCUUUGACUACUUCGGCAGGACCAGUACGCCAGAGCAAACUGAAAUUGCACAGAAGCUGUUCCUAAAACUGAUGGACAAUGGAUUUAUCAGCACACAGUCAGUAGAACAACUAUAUUGUGAAAAAUGCGAAAGAUUCCUUGCUGAUAGGUUCGUUGAGGGCGCGUGCCCGCACCCGGGCUGCCUGUACGAGAGUGCGCGCGGCGACCAGUGCGACAAGUGCGGCAAGCUGAUCAACGCCGUGGAGCUGGUGCGGCCGCGGUGCAAGAUGUGCGCGCACACGCCCGCCGUCCGCCCCAGCGAGCAGCUGUUCCUCGAGCUCGGGCAGCUGGAGCCCUCCCUCCGCACGUGGAUCGGCGGUUCGGAGAAGGGCUGGUCGGCGCCCGCCCGCGCGGUUUCCCGCGCCUGGCUCCGGGAAUCGCUCCGUCCCAGGGCUAUCACGCGGGACCUCAAGUGGGGCGUGCCCGUGCCCAUCGAGAAGCACUCCAACAAGGUGUUCUACGUGUGGUUCGACGCGCCGAUUGGCUACCUGAGCAUAACUCAGUGUGCCACGAAACAAUAUGAGAAAUGGUGGAAGCCAGACAAAGAAUAUGAUGUGAAGUUAUACCAGUUCAUGGCGAAGGACAACGUGCCGUUCCACGUGAUAAUGUUCCCGGCGACAGUGGUCGGUGUCAACGAGGGCCACAAGUUGGUGGACCACAUUUUCGCCACAGAGUAUUUGAACUAUGAAGAGGGAAAGUUUUCUAAAUCACGGGGCGUAGGCGUCUUCGGUACCGAUGCGCAGGAAACCGGCAUUCCUUCGGACGUUUGGAGGUUCUACUUGGCGAGUAUACGACCGGAAACCUCCGAUUCCAGUUUCAGCUGGACAGAACUUGGCACCAGGAACAACUCCGAGCUGCUAAACAACUUGGGCAACUUCUGCCAUCGGUCCCUCAGCUUUUGCGCGAACACAUUCAAAGGGAGAGUGCCAGAAAUUAAGCUGACUCAGGCUGAUUUGGAGCUGGUUGCUUUGGUGAAUAGGGAGGUUAUUGCUUAUGUCCAAAACUUGGAAAAGGGUCGACUUCGAGAAUCUCUGAGACACGUGAUGUCUAUCUCCCGCAUUGGCAACCAGCACAUGCAAUCUGAGCAGCCUUGGGUGCUUCUAAAAGGUUCUGACGAGGAGAAAGUGAGAGGAGCAACGGCGAUAGGCCUUUGUUGUCAGUUAGUCGCCCUUUUGUGUGCGUUACUUGCGCCCUAUAUGCCACAUACUUGUAGGAAACUGCGGGAGCAACUAAACAUUGAAGCUGCCACAUUAAGAAUCAACCCAGAGAAACCAUGUUUAGUGCAGUACCUUCCAAUGGGACACGUCAUUGGAAAGCCGGAGCCGUUGUUUGCCAAAAUCGAGCCGGAAUUACUGGAGAAUCUCCGUGCUAAGUACGCAGGAACGCAGAGCGAUAGGGCAAAGUCAAAUGGCGAUAUUAAUACGCCAGAAUCUAAACCAAAUGUAGCAGCCUUGGAGGCUGCGGUAGCGGCCCAAGGUGAGAAAGUAAGGCAACUAAAGGCAUCAACAAAAGACAAAGCAGUUUGGCAGCCUGAAGUCAACAAGUUGUUGGAUCUAAAAAAACAAUUGGAAUCAGCAAAAGCAGCACCUGCGGUCCAACUGAACAAUUCUGGAAAUGGAUCUAAUAUUUCUAGUAUAGAAAAAGCGAUAGCGGAACAGGGUGACAAAGUCAGAAAGUUAAAAGCGUCAACGAAGGACAAAAGUGUUUGGCAACCAGAAGUUGAUAAAUUGCUACAGCUGAAGAAACAGUUGGCUGUUGCCCAAGCACAGACGAGUAAUGUAGCAACGCCAAAUGCAAACAGUAUUACUGAUAAUGUUUCCAGUUUAGAAAAGGCUAUAGCUGAACAGGGUGAUAAAGUGAGAAAGCUCAAGGCAUCCACUAAAGACAAAUCUGUGUGGCAGCCAGAAGUAAACAUUUUGUUGGAUCUUAAAAAACGCCUUUCAGCAUUACAAGUGAAA